GGGGACCGAAGCCCGGGCCCGGGAGGGGGCCAGGCCCGAGGAGAAGGGCCGUGCCAGCGGGGCCGAGCGCGCAGAGGUCACCUGCGUGCAGCGCCCCGGAGCGCGCGACUCUGGGCGCAGAGGAGGGACGCGGUCACCCGGGACCCGCUGUGGGACGAGCGCAGGAAAGUCCCGGGAAAGCCUAGCGGGAGUCAGCAAGAGUAGCGGUUGUCAUCUCUGCCUUCCCCGGGGCCAGAUCCUCGGAGUGACCGGGUCAGUUUGUCAAAGUCAUGUAGGAAAUUGUAAAUCAUGUGAAGAUGGGACUCUUGGUGUUUGUGCGCAACCUGCUGCUAGCCCUCUGCCUCCUCCUGGUCCUGGGGUUUCUGUAUUAUUCCGCCUGGAAGCUGCACUUACUCCAGUGGGAAGACUCUGAUUCAUUGCUUCUUUCCCUUGACUCCGCUGGACAAGCACUAGGCACAGAGUAUGAUCGGCUGGGUUUCCUCCUGAAGCUGGACUCGAAACUGCCUGCCGAGCUAGCCACCAAGUACGCAAACUUUUCAGAGGGAGCUUGCAAACCCGGCUACGCUUCAGCCCUGAUGACCGCCAUUUUCCCCAGGUUCUCCAAGCCAGCACCCAUGUUCCUGGAUGACUCCUUUCGCAAGUGGGCUAGGAUCCGGGAGUUCGUGCCACCUUUUGGAAUCAAAGGUCAAGACAAUCUGAUCAAAGCCAUCUUGUCCGUCACCAAAGAGUACCGCCUGACCCCUGCCUUGGACAGCCUCCACUGCCGCCGCUGCAUCAUUGUAGGCAACGGAGGGGUCCUUGCCAACAAGUCCCUGGGGUCACAAAUUGACGACUAUGACAUCGUGGUCAGACUGAAUUCAGCGCCCGUGAAGGGCUUUGAGAGGGACGUGGGCAGCAAGACCACCCUGCGCAUCACCUACCCCGAGGGUGCCAUGCAGCGGCCUGAGCAGUAUGAACGGGACUCUCUCUUUGUCCUCGCCGGCUUCAAGUGGCAGGACUUCAAAUGGCUCAAGUACAUCGUCUACAAGGAGAGAGUGCCCCUUCCAAGCAAGGCCAAGUUCAGGCAGUAUCAAGUAGAUAGCAAGCAGGAGCGAAGACAGAAGUCAGGUUCAGAAGCUCAGAGUGCAUCCGAUGGCUUCUGGAAGUCUGUGGCCACCCGAGUGCCCAAGGAGCCCCCUGAGAUCCGCAUCCUCAAUCCAUACUUCAUCCAGGAGGCUGCCUUCACUCUCAUUGGACUGCCCUUCAACAACGGCCUCAUGGGCAGGGGGAACAUCCCAACCCUUGGCAGUGUGGCGGUGACCAUGGCUCUCCAUGGCUGUGAUGAAGUGGCAGUCGCAGGCUUUGGCUACGACAUGAACACACCCAACGCGCCCCUGCACUACUACGAAACUGUGCGCAUGGCCGCCAUCCAAGAGUCCUGGACACACAACAUCCAGCGAGAAAAAGAGUUUCUACGGAAGCUGGUGAAGGCCCGUGUCAUCACUGACCUAAGCAGUGGCAUCUGAGUGGGUCCAAGACCGGGCCGUCGAGGCUCAUGCCAGGAACAAGCAGCAGCCACGUGCACAGGAGUCUUCCGACCCAGAGAAGGACAGUGCCAAGGGACCGAGGGCCAGCGAGGCCUUGGCAAGGCAACCAGAGCUGUGCCUGCUCCGGGCCAGCUUCAGAGACCAGCACUCUGCCUGGCAGCCUGGGUCGAUGAAGCCAGAGGGCCAGGAGGCCACUGGCUGUGGCCAGCAGGGCCCAGCAUGCAGGAGGUGGGACAUUUGCUAGCGAGAAUGCCGCCAGAAUCAUUCUCUAAGCAGUGUUUGGUGUAUUAGCAUUUUGUGAACUGGGGUGUGGGAGGGGAGGGAUAAUUUAUUUUUAAAUAAGAUGUCACAUUUGGUCCCCUUGCUGUGCAGAAAGAGGUCCACUAGAGGGCCCAUCAGGCCGUGGUACCAGUGAGCUCCCUGAAGGCUGGAAGUGUCAGACCAUGCUUCAGGGCCACAGGGAGGCGGGCAGUAUCUCAUGUCAGCCAUCUCCAGCUCAUGACACGCUUUGGCCUUCCUUGGGGAGAAGAUGGAGUGCUCCCUCCCACCAGCCCCCAGUGUCCCCACAGGGGAACCCCAGAGCCAUCCCUUUCAAGCCAACAGGACUGCUCUUGGACAAGAGCAGAGAGAACUCAGGAGGCAAGGCCCAGCCUGAGGGGAAUGGCUCCUCUCCUAGCUGUCCCGGUCUGUGGGAGCAAUGCUCCUUCCUGGACUGACCAGCUGUCAGAUGGUCUGGGUUUCUUGCUGAGAUUGCCAGCUCCAUGGGUCUUACCCAGGACCAGAGGGAAGUGAGGAUCAAGGACCUUACCCAGGCUGCGACAGCCGUCCCAGGCAGCCCUCAUGGAAGCAAUAAAGCAAUCCCCUGA